AUGAAACCCAGCCGAUUGACAACCUCUUCCCAGACAUGGACGGCAGUCGACGCCUACACCAUCUCCCAUCUACACCCACCCAGCAAGAAGAACAGCGCAGUCCUUCUCGAUGCCCUGACCCAGUCCCGCGACGAAGGCCUACCUGACAUCGCCUCCUACCCGGUCAUCGCCAAGUUCUACGCUCUCCAGUGCCGCGCCAUGCGCGUCAAGCACGCCCUCGAAAUCGGCACGCUCGGCGCUUACACCUCCAUCUUCCUGGCGACGGAGAAUCCCGGGAUGCAAAUCACCACCAUCGAAGUCGAUCCGCACCACUACAAAGUCGCGCAGCAGAAUGUCGCCCACGCCGGCGUUUUGGAGCAAGUGACGGCCAAACUCGGUGCGGCGCUUGAUGUGCUUCCCGAACUGGCCAAGGAGAUUGAGUCGGGCGGGAAGCCUCGGCUGGGGUUCGUGUACAUUGAUGCCGACAAGUCGAACAACUGGAAGUACGUGGACGUGGUGAUUCCCAUGUGCGAAUCGGGAGCGGUGAUCUUUGUCGACAACAUCGUGCGGGGCGGGGACCUUGUCGAUCGAGCCAAGAAGGAUGCGUCUACUGCAGGCUCUCGUCGGGUUGUGGAGAUGGUUGGGAAGGAUGAUCGUUUGGAUGGUGUAGUGUUGCAGACUGUCGGGGAGAAGUCGUACGACGGCAUAUUGAUGGCCGUGGUGCGGUGA